AUGCCUAGAAAUGAAACAUACAACAAUCCUCUUACAUUUGUUUAUGGGACAAGAUCAUGUUGUUCAAAUCUUUCUAACUCUGGGCUAAUUAUGUCACCAUGUAUACCUUGUAAUAAUUGUACACAACUUAUGCAAUGUAAUCAAAUAUUUUAUGGAUUGAGACCAGGUUUACCUGACAACCAAUUCAUCAGUACUCAAUUAAUUCGAGUAGUCAAUACUACUGGAAAUUGUUUAGAUGAAUGUCAUGUAAAUCCAAACUGUUAUACUUAUUCAUACAGUGUGGAUUACCCAUCAUCGUGUUCACUCUAUUCUGGACUUAUGGGUAGACUGGUAAUUACCAAUAAUUCAGUUGAAAAAAUGACUGGAGGAAAAUUUUGUUGCAGUAAGUUAAAAAAUAUUUAACAUAUAUACAUUGUAGUUUA